AUGGCUCUUUGGCCAUUUCGACGCAAGAGCGUUCGCAAACGCUCCAGGAGUGGCGCUGCUCUCUCCGACAACGAAGCUGCGCCGGUUCGCAGUCAGGCCGAUGCUGCCCUCGCUAAGACCGCAUCCAAAAAGGCACGGACGGAACCGGCAAAACUUCAGCGACGACAACGAACAUACAGUUUUUCACCCGGUCGCCAUGAUUCUAUACUUAUCGACCGGGCACGGCGCAAUGCCGAAGUGGCAAGCCAGCCAAGACCGAACUCAGACGGCGAACAUGCAUCAGGAGUAGCCUGGAAACGCACGCCAACUUUGCAUCCUACAAGGCGAAAGAGCAGCAAGCGAAGACGCGAUGACCACGACAGAGAGGCCGAAAUCAAGGCCAUGAGCGCCUACAUGCCGGCGCGGGCGGCUGCGGACGCUCAGGCUCGCUCCAACUCCAAGCGUGGUAUGAAAAGGGCCAAAACUGGUGGUCUAGACCAUGGCCCUGCACCAGCAUCCCAGGUCUCCUUGCCGUACCCUGAUUCUGUACCAUCGGUCAUGUCGGCAGAUUCAGAUUUCAUUUCCUACAAAAUUUCGGCUCUGGACUCACUGGCCCCACGGCCCACCCUGAAAUAUACUCCAAGCACGAGACGUACACCAUCGAGAGGGGCCGCUCCAGGUGCAACAGACUCGCUCAAGAAACCGCUUGGCGGACGACAACCUAUACAGGAAGAUGAGCUUGAUUCGCUGAAACGCAUGGAAGACCUUGCCAAUGAUCUCGACGCGAAGGACUUGCGAGAGUUGAUGGAGAGAGAUACUCGUCGGAGAGAACGAAGACGACAGCAGGAUCAGGAACGAACGGCGCGGAGGUUAGCACGCAGAGCGGAAAGACAUCGCAAAGAUAAUGCGGAGGCACAGAAAGCAGGUACACCGCCGCCCGAGAACUUGGAACGAGGCGUUCUGGGUCGCGAAUUGGUCGGGCUGGGUAUUGAGCCCGCGUCAACCGUGGUCACAUCCUCCAAGAGACGAGAUGUGGACACACUGCCUGAUGCUCCCACCCAGAUCGAGGAUAACGUCCAGCCCACAAAGCCGUUAGAGUCGUUCCACCGCCCAGAAACGUCUCCUCAGGAUGAGGCUUCUCCCCAGGAGCAAACGCCGUCAACACGGCCAAAGAUUGCGGAACCCCCGAAGCCGGGUUCUGCUUUCCCCCAGGGAUCAAGGCUGGCUGGCAUACUGCGUUCCAAGAAGUCGAGAUCGAAGUCAACGCUAGGCUCUGACAAAGACCAAGCCGCAGACGGUGAAUCCUGCCGCAAGAAUUCCGAAGGCAGCACCAAGACCGGUAGCCGGUUCUCUUUCUCUUCGCUGUUGAAAUGGGGAAGCAGGAGCCAGAGGUACUCCGGCCCGUCGUCUUUCUCCAAUACCUCACGCGAGGAGAUGCACGCCGGUGCAACUACUCAGAACCCAGCACAAGCUGAAGCGUUGGCUAGGUUGCAGGGCGAAGAUAUGUCCAACUCAGCCAAUUAUUUGGCCGCCAGGUCGGGUGCCGGUGUCCCCAAACGAACCAAGUCGAGAUUUCGGGAAGACUUGCCGGAAUUCCCUAUAUCACCACCAGACUCAAGAGUACAGUCCCCCGAAGCUGACUCCCUGCUCCCCGUGCCUGCAGCGAAAUCGCAUGAAAUGGAUUCAAGACCAAAGCCUCCGUCACGGCAUGAUACCCCGUCCUCGAUAGAACGACCUCAGAACGCGCAACCGGUCGAGCCACACCAAUCUACAUCCCUGGCUUCGAUAGACUCUGAGGGAUCGUGGCUUAGCGGCCGCGUAGGUAGCAUGAGGACGUCGGUGAAGCGAGACAGCUUGAUGAGAAGCAACCGUCGUGGGAACGCACCGUCAGGUUCUCCUACGAAUUCGACCCAAGAGGACCUGGCCAUGACCGACGAUGAAUGCCUUUCGCGGCUGGUGCCAGACCGAAAUUGGGGCGCAAUAGCCAGUGGAUGUCGCUCAGGUGAAGGACGCGCUAGCAGCGAUGCGGGAGAGUCAGUUUCCACGACUGACAAUGUACAGUGGGGAAGUGUUGGUGCCAAACCCGAGGUCGUACAGUUUCAUAGCCACAACAGGGAGACCAUACGCAGCCAGCAUGUGCUGUUGAACAUUGACUCGGGGGAUGAGGAGGAUGAUGCGAUGCUCACACCAAGCAGGCCGACAUGA